AAUGUCGCCUUUUUGUUUUUGAGCCACAAACUGCUAUACCAGUAAUGGUUCACACUAUAAAAGAUAUAAUCAAGGCAAUAGCUUAUUUCCCCAGAAAAUUUGAUGAAGUUAGCUCACCGUCAAAUGCAUUGCAAUCAUAUAUAAUAUACCUCAAUCAAAAUUAUGAUCUGUUAAUAAUUGGUGAGAAUUUUGUAGAAAAGGAAUCCGAUACUCCAAUUAUUUCUGAACCUAAAACUUGUUUUACGGAUAUUUUUGGAGCUUGCAUCGAAUCUGUCUCCAGUACUCGUAUAUCUACGGCACAAAAAUUACCAAAUGGUAAUUCUAACGGCACACAUUCUCCGUUGCCAUCAAAGAUUCUUUCACAUUCACCAAAACAUAUAAAUUAUCCCGAGGAAUCUAGAAAAAGAAAAAUAAAAUCAUUACCUCAUAAUGGGACUAUAUUGCUUAAAGUUGAAAUUAAAAAGUGA